AUGUCUACCAGUCCAGAUAAACCGAUUCUCUCACCCAUUCAAGAUAUAAUCGAUCGCAUUUCCAAGUUGUGUGAGCUUACCAACAAAUAUGCAACCAAGGCCAAUCCACCUCACCAAAACACGGUCGCCACCAACACCGCGACUGAAAAUCAGCAAGACGGGUCUACUACUACCAGCCGAGGUGUUAGCCGCGGCGAGGAUAGCCAGAGGACUCAAAAAACGGAUGGCAGCAACAAGGGGAAAGAUGGUGGGGGAUACAGUAAGACGGAAGCGCUACACGAGCUGGGAAAACUAUACAAAGAACUUGAUUAUAUGUACAGAUCGUUCCAGAAACUCGAGAAGUUCGAAAAUGAUCUAAGCGAUCCACUCAAAACUCUUGAAGCCAAUGUCAAAGACAUCGUGACUGAUCUAGACAAAGACGAGUUGCCAAAACAGGUUCCGCACAAUCUCCGUGUGUUGAGAAACAACAUCACCAGAGUCAAGAUCCUGAUCCCGUCGCAACAUCAGGGCGGCGGCAUUAAUUCCGAAGAUGAUAGGCUUAGGCUCUGCUUCUUGUGUUUCGCGAUUUUCCCAGAAAAUGCUGCGAUAAAGAAGAGGUUCCUGAGAUUUUGGUGGGUUGGAGAAGAAUUAAUCGGACCCCUAAAGGAAGGAGAAGAUGAGAAGGACAUUGUAAAUGAAACUCUCAACAUUUUCGUGGAGAAAGGGCUUAUCCAGCCUGUUUUGAAGAAGAGCAGAUUAGAGCCCAGAAGCUACAAAAUGGACCCGAUCGUUCGUUCGUGUUUGAACAGGUUUGCCAAAGAUGCACGUUUCUUUGAUUAUGACCAAGAAGGAAAACCAACCAUGGAUUUCUCAUCUUGCAAAAAAGCAUGCAUGGUGAGAUCUGAAGGAGCCACCGCUCCCUGGUUCUCAGAGUAUCUUAAAGAAGAAUCGGGGCAGGGAAAGCUACCUGUAGAUCUAGUAAAGCUGCAAAUGCUGUUCAAUUUUCCCGACAGGAACACAUUGAUGACGGCUAGUAAACGAUUUGAUAAAUUGCAGAUAUUGUUUAAUUUGAGCAAACAAUUUCCAGCUUUACCUACGGAGUGGUUUUCCAAGAUGACGGAGCUCAAAGUUCUUUACAUGGGUAAAUGGGAAACCACGGCUCGCCAUAUUGAGGUGGAAGACAUUGAUUUCUUAAAAGGAUUGAAGAACAUGAAGAAUCUAAGGCUUCUUAGUCUUCAAGGUAUUUCAGGUAUCCCAAAGAUUCCCAGCACUAUUCAGAAUCUUGGAAACUUGAGGAUCUUAGAUCUUAGAGCAUGUCACAACCUGGGGAGAUUACCAGAUAAGAUCGGCUCACUGAAGGAACUGACUUACCUGGAUUUAUCUGAGUGCUACCUGCUUGAUUAUAUGCCCAAGAGGCUGAGUGAUUUCAAGGAACUUCAAGUACUCAAAGGUUUUGUGAUUGUUGAUACCCAAAACUCAUGCACUCUCAAAGACUUGUCGAAUUUAAAGAAUCUGCGAAAACUAAGCAUCAAUGUCAACACCACGAAAUUCAAUAUUGAUGAUGAAGAGAGGUCUCUCAAUAGAUUUCAGAAACUUGAAAAGUUGAGGAUAGCGUGGGGAUCAAGAGGGAUGCCAAACACUAACAGCAGUAAAUCAAAAUCGGAUAUCAAGAACCAGCAGGCAGCAGCGAAAGCCUCAACAGGAAAAGAGAACAAGGGAGACGAUAAAGGCAGUGAAGCGAAUUCAAAGACCACUAAGGUUGAGGGUAACGACGAGCAAAACAGUGGUGUGAGCAGCAACCAAGAGACCAAGAGACCACAGUCGUUUUAAACAGGUGGCCACUGGGGUUUUCGCGGCUACUGUUUUGUGGAGAGUGAAGGAAGAAGAAGAAGAUCUUGUAGGACUUGCGAAUCUGGUGAAACUAGACCUCCAAUGCUUCCCUUACACCGAUCCACCUGAAUGGCUGGUACCGAAGAAACUGCGGAGGCUGACGAAUCUGUCGAUCAGAGGUGGGAAACUGAGUUACCUGAAACAUGAUGACAAGAAGAAGUGGAAGGUGGACACUUUGCAUUUGAAGUUCUUGGUGGGUUUUAAGAUGAACUGGAAAGAGAUGCUGGAAAAAUUCCCCAAAUUGAAGUAUUUGGAGAAUGUUAGAAGCCCUAGGAUCACACUUUGCCCAUGCGAUGACAAUGGAAUCUGGCAAGCUCCUUCCAAAUAGACUUCCUUUUGUUUUUCACUUACCAGACAAUUGUCUCUCUGCUGUGUGGCAU